AUUUUUACUAGAAUUCAGCAAAAUGUCUUCAAAAUCGUUUAUUUUUUAUUAUGGAAUAAUUUUGCAAUUGUUUAUAGUCAUUUGCAACAGUCAAAAUAUUCCACAAAAUAAUCAACUCAAAUCUUCGAGAGUUUAUCAAGUUAUUGUGAAUGAUGUGGUGUUUCAUAAAUUAGGAUCAUAUAGAGGCUUCACUGAAGAAGGUUCAGAAUAUCAAAAGUCAUAUUUCUUUACUAGAUAUUCUUCAUCUCCUUGGGCCGAAGCAAGAUCAUUCUGCAAUUCAUAUGGUUUCGAAUUUCUGUCAAUGGAUACCUUGGAAGAAGCUAGAGCUGUUCUUACAUUAGCUGAUAACCACAGCUUUUUAAGAGCAUUACAAUAUACUUGGCUUUAUGUGGAUGGUGUUGCGCUGACUAUAAAAUCUCCAACAGAUUGGUAUUGGACUAAAACAGGAAAGAAAAUCUCAUAUUCAAUACCUUGGCGAGUAGGAACUCCAAAUAAUGAUGGCGGUAGUGAAUAUUGCCUUACAAUCGGUAGAUAUUUUACGAAUGAAAAAUUUGGAUUUGAUGAUACGUUGUGCGACGGUAGAACUCGCAUCACAUGCCAAAGAAUUGAAUUUUUCAUACCUUAGUUAAGAUUUAAGCUAUUUCUUCAAAAACUGUGAUUUUAAAAUUAUUAGUCAUUAUUUAAAAAUAAAGCUUUAAAAUUCUUUAGAAAUAUUUGUGCAUUUUUUGAUAAAUUAACUC